AUGGCCAAACGAAAACAGCCAGAACCGUCCCCUGAAGUUGAAGUCAGCGGAACCCCCUCGAAGCGCCGUCGCACCAGAACCUCAGAGACAGCGCCCACAAAUGGAGUUCACGAUGGCGAUGAGGAUUACAGUCUCAAUGGCCUCGUAUCGACGAAAGAGACUACACCCAAUAAACAGAGAACUCCUUCCAAAGCAAAAAGAAAGUCUGCCGCCGAUACACUACUAGACGAAGAAGAGCAGGCAGACGAAGGCAGCCCAACCCCCAAAGCGAAUGGUCGAACAUUGUUCUCAACUGCAAGAAGGACCAAGGCCAAAGCCAAAGCCACUGCUGGGAAAACAACACCCUCCAGGUUCAGAGCAGAUCGAUCGGCGAAGAGGAAAAGCGCACGCGCUCUAGCCGAGUUGCAGGACGAAGACGAUUGGGAUGGACAGGUUGCUCUAGCGAAGGAGAUUCUUGCUGCUGGAGAAGACGGGACCGAAGAUGACGAUGAGGAUGAAGAUAACCCCGCCGGGGCUAUAGAUGGAGUCGCAGACAGAGACACUACAGAGCAGACGACCGAGCCAGAAGAUACUACGACAACCACUCCGGUCAAAACACCCGGGAAACGUGGACGACCCAAGGGCGCAAAGAACAAACGAUCGCCCACGCCAGAAGGCGAUAUCGCGCCUGAAGAGCGGUAUUUCUUCCAGAACCGCGCAGGGCCGCCGCAGAUCUCGAGCAACAAGUUCGCCUCGGUCAAGCUUCUCAACCACGAUGAGUAUUUCGAGCAGAUCAAGAAAGCAAAAGACACACACGAGCGCGAUAGGGCGCAGUUGAUGAAGCUGCACGCCCGAUCGUUCGCGCAGUGGUCGUUCGAGCUGGACCAAGGGUUCGGGCUGUGUUUGUAUGGAUAUGGGUGUAAGAGAGGGCUCACCAGCAAAUUCGCCGAGUGGUUGUACAAACACAAUCAUCAACGGGCGACAUAUGGGAUUCAGGAUACAGCGCUCUCUCUACUGACCCGUCCUCCACGUAUCGUCGUGGUCAAUGGAUACACGCCGAAACUGAACGUGCGCGGGAUAUUGAACACCAUUGCUGCGGCUGUCACGAAUACGUCAGAUGACGACGGGGAUGACUCUGACGAUGAUGAAGAAGAGGACGACGAGGGCGGUCAGCGUCGAAAUCAGAAUGAGCGCAUCAACCACCAUCGCAAGCGUCUGCGUCUGGUCGGCCAACCGCAUGAAAUGCUCGACACUCUACUUGCCUGUCUCACAAACACAGCGUCCGCAGAUGACGCCAUUAGUGGUGGUGAUGGUGGUGGUGAUGGUGGUAGUGAUGGUGAUCGUGAUGGUACCAACAACAUCAACCUCAAGAAGAACAAGAACAAAAACAAAACAACCACCAAUCCGAACCCCAUCAGAACUGACUUAAUCAUCUUCAUCAAUUCCAUCGACGCCCCUCCGCUCCGUCGGCCAGGGAUUCAAUCCCUCCUAGCCCGGCUCGCCGGCCACCCUCAAAUCCAAUUCCUCGCCACGGCAGACACCCCGACGUUUCCUUCACUCUGGAACUCGACGCUGCUCGACCAAUUCCGCUUCGUGUUCCACGACUGCACGACCUUUGCGCCGUACACCGCCGAAAUCAGCGUCGUGGACGAAGUGCACGAGCUGCUGGGCCGCAAACGCCUACGGUCCGGCGGCAAAGAGGGGAUCGGGUUCGUUCUGAAAUCUCUCCCGGAGAACGCGAGGAAUUUGUACCGGUUGUUACUGUGUGAGAUUAUGGAGAUUUUGACCGAUGGAGAAGGAGGAGAAGGAGUCGGAGGUCAGGGUCACGGAACUCGCCAUACAACGAACGGUACUCAUGACCAUGACCACGACGGCUACAGCUACAAUCACAACGACCACAACAACGAGAUUGAUGACGAAGACAAUGACAACAACGACGACGAUGAUGACGGCACAACAAGAAACAAUCACCAAAAGUCGUCGAGAAAGACGAAGAAGGCGUCAACAAGACAUGAAACAUCUGCAGAGCAGGUCGGCGUCGAAUACCGUACGCUGUACCAGAAGGCGUCGGAGGAGUUCAUCUGUUCCAGCAGUAUGAAUUUCCAGUUUCUGUUGAAAGAGUUCCAUGACCAUCAGAUGAUCACGAGUCGUCGGGACGCCGGGGGGAUGGAGGUGUUGAGUGUUCCGCUGGAGAGGGGGGAGAUGGAGGCCGUCCUCGAGGAUUUGGUUGUUUGA